UUGAGGCCAUCAGCAGACAAGGAAAUCAGCUGUGAAGAGAACCAAGUGGGGCUGCGCAGGUUUUAAGUGCCUCUCAAGCCAAUCGUGUUUACUCACUCCCUCACCCUUAUGUAACUGGUCCAGUAUAUAUUCCCCCGCUCAGGAUGCUUCCACCUCAGAAUCUACGGAUCUGCAGAUUAUGGGAUUCACCAACAUGGCAUCUUUGUCCAGCCUCAGCUUCCUUCUGGCCACACUCAUAACUCAAGGUUCCUGUUUGAUCUGUGAGACCUGUCAAGAUCCAGGCAAAGACUGCACUGGCUUGAGCCGCACCUGUGGAGAGACUGAAGAUACCUGCCUUACCUUUGUAGGAAUAAAUUCCUUGUGGUCUGAGAAAAUCACCGAGACUAUCAAAGUUUGCUCCGCUCGCAGCAAUUGCCAGCCUGGACCGAUCAGUGUCACCAUCAACUCUGAGAUCCAUUUCCGGAGCGCCUCCAGCUGUUGCCAAGAAGACCUGUGCAACAAAAAAAAGUUAGAUAUGCCCCCUGAGAAUACCACCCUCAAUGGACUGACCUGCCCAACUUGCUUUGACCUUGGCUCGGAUCAGUGUGAAGUAAUUGAGUCUCUGAACUGCGUAGGAGAAGACAAUCAUUGUAUAACCUCAUCUGGAACCUUGAUUGCUGGAGGUGUUCCUAUGAUGUUCGCUUCCAGAGGCUGCGGCUCUGCCUCAGCGUGUGCCCUGCCCUUGGAUACCGACAUUUACUCUGCAGGACUCACUUUUCACCUCAAGAAAAUUGGGUGCAGCCCAGCCGUGAAAGCCAACAGCACCUAGGGAGGCCCUGGUGAUAAAGGCCUCUGAAGAAUCCCCUCAGAAGAUUUUCCCCCCUCACCGUCUUGCAACUUGGGAAUGUGGUCCUGAUAAUUAUCUCCUUUUACUGAAUGUAAUGAAUAAACAGCAUGAAAAAACA